UUAUCUCCGUCUGUCACGUGACGGACGAGCGAGCGACUCACCUCUGCGUCAAGCAAAUUAACGGAGUCGAGCACUCGAGAACUCGAGAUAAAGACGUCUCUGUUCGAUCCUUCGUCAUGCUUUGAAACGAGUCUCGUCCGCGCCUGGCAAACCGACGAGAUCGCACGCAAGAUCGAACGAUCCUCCGUGAAGCUCACGAGCCGAGUUGCGUCCAAUCCGAUCGGAGCCGGCGUCACGAGCGGAAGAGGAAUGAUAAGGUUAUCAAAGCGCCGUUUCGCCUCAUCUGCCUCGUCGGCGCAUGAGGCGUUUCUGGAGGAUUAUGCCAAGCACCAUGUAUCUCUGUCGCCCCUGCAACGAGUGCUCCUCACGGUGGGCUCGGCGGCGAUAUCGUUGGCGAACCCGUUUCGAGGUGACAUGAUAGCGUGCCUCGGAGAGACCACCGGUGCGAACGCUCUUGUGCACUGUCGUCGGCAAAUGGAGAGCACAUCCGAGGGCCGGCGUGUACUCGCGGAGAAGCCGCGCGUAAACGCGUCCACCGUCGAUCUUUCUCGCCUGAAAGACUUGCCGCCGGCAACCGUGGGCAGAACGUAUCGCGAUUUCCUGGAUAACAAUAACGUGUCACCUGAUGACAGAGCAGCGGUGCAAUACGUCGACGACGUCGAGCUGGCCUACGUGAUGCAACGGUACCGAGAGGUGCACGAUAUCUUUCAUGCUGUGCUCCUCAUGCCGACGACGAUGCUAGGCGAGGUAUCGGUCAAGUGGGUGGAGGCCUUGCAGACGCGCCUGCCGAUGUGCGUGACCGGUGCAAUAUUCGGAGCUAGCAGGCUGCGUUCUAGACAGAGGCAGUUGUACCUGGACCAUCAUCUUCCGUGGUCCAUAAACACGGGGUUGAACGCAAAGUUCUUGCUGGGGGUUUACUACGAGGAACGCUGGGAGCAGCCCCUCGAAGAUUUUCACAAAGAGAUGAAUAUCACGCGCCUCGUGUGACGAUCUAACUGGAAUUAGAUUACGACAAUUGUUAAUAAUGAUUGUAAAUGGUAUUAUUAAUCAGUUACUUCAGGUUACAAACGAGAGAUAAAGUUGUAAUAUUCAUUUGCCAA